CUAUUUGCUAUUUGUUUACAUGCUGUUAGGUUAUGUCAGAGAUAACAGAUGGUUUUGUGAAGUGUGAACAGCAUUUAUUUGAAGUUAUUUUAUUACUGAAUUGAAUUGUGGAUAUUUUUUCGAUCAAUAUUGAGCAAAAUGGAUGCCAAACUACUGAAAUCUUUAAUGGAAAAGAAAUCUAACGAGACAGCCAAUAAUAGACUUGAAUCUUUGAGACUUCCUCGAGAUUUAAGUCUUGGUGGAACUAAGCCAAAGAAAAUUUAUCAACCAAAUCUUAACGCUCAGCGAACAAAACACAAAGCUAAAGAAAGCAUAAAGAAAUUGCAACCGACUAAAAAAGAGAAACCUAAACCACAACCUAAGAAAAAGGUCUUAGAUAGCAAGAGAUUUGUGCAAUCCCAAGGUGUUUUCUCAGAAGGUUCUGCACUAGAAAAGAGGUCCACUGGGUUCAGUGAAAGAACUAAAUAUGAAUAUAAUUCCCCGUCCCAUAUUGCAAUACCCACAUUUACAAAAACUGAUUCUGUUGUUGAUGAUGAUAAAGAGGAUAACAUUCUCACCAGUUUGAUAAAUAUGAAAGUAGACCGUGAUGAAAGAUUAGACAAUGCAGAAGUAUGGAACUUCACUCCUCUCUAUAACAGUUGUGACAAAGUUGAAAUGGAACCAGUUGAUCCGUAUUUCUGUAAAGUAGAGGAAGCUGAAGUUAACACAAGAUUGGCCCUGAUAAAGAUGCCAGAAUCCUUAGCAGGAAAAGGUUUGAGUGAUGAUCCAAAUGUUACAAAAGCAUUAGACUAUCAUUUGAAUAUGAUGACAGAAGGAAAAAUAGGCUCAUUACAAAUCACACGUUCAGGCAAAAUGUAUAUGAAAAUAGGAAAAAUGAGGUACCUAAUGGAAUCUAGUCAUUUUUCUGCUGGUCCAGAAACAAUUGCUACAUACAUGGAUGCCCCAAAUGGAGAAAGUAAACCCAAAUUCGCUUUUCUGGGAGAUGUUGAGGGAAGAUUCAAACUCAUUCCAAAAUGGAAGGAAUCGAUAGAAUCGGUUUAGUUGAUGAAAUAUGUUCAAUUUUGUUUUAUGUUACUUGUUAUAUUUUUCUCAAAACAAUUAAAUUGUUUCAUCCUGAGUUAAAAAGUUGAAUGAAGGUAUUAUCAUACAUUCAUCAGAUAUUAUGUAAUGUGUGAGCUGAAAUAAUUGAGUUAUUAUAAUAGCUUAUGUUACAGUAUGUUGAGAUUUUCAUGUUUAUGUAUAUAGUAGUGAGUGAAAUAAAGAUAUAAUAUAUUUUGAUAAUAAUAUUCCGAAAAGAUGAUUCUUCAACCACUUCAUCUGGUUUUAAGAUUAAAUGCUCUCUUAUUAUGUGUUACGAAGUUUGAAUCAUGUUGAAUAAUUGAAUUUUUUGUGAUUCUUUAAUUAUACUGGUGAAAAAUAUUUUUCUGGUGGGAAUAUACCUCAAUAAACAAAAGUUGCUUAAUAAAAUCAUCUUCAAACAUG